AAUUUCCCCCUUUCAUGUAUACAACUCCCACCUCUUCCUCUAAUUGUGUUUCUUCCACUUUUACCUAUCGAGAAUAUUGGAAGAAUCAGAAACAAUGAGGAAGCCUAGUUGUGAUAUCAAAUUAGACAAGAACAUCAAGAACAAAGGAGUUUGGUCAAAACAAGAAGACCAGAAACUCAUAGAUUAUAUCAACAAACACGGUGAGGUUUGUUGGAGUACACUCCCUCAAGCUGCAGGUCUACUUCGGUGUGGUAAAAGUUGUAGGCUGAGAUGGAUGAAUUAUCUACGGCCAGAUCUUAAAAGAGGUAACUUUGGUGAAGAUGAAGAAGAUCUCAUCGUCAAGCUUCAUGCACUUCUAGGCAACAGGUGGUCACUAAUUGCUGGGAGAUUGCCUGGACGUACGGAUAAUGAAGUGAAGAACUUUUGGAACUCUCAUAUAAGAAAAAAGUUGAUUAGAAAAGGAAUUGAUCCAAAUAAUCAUAGUGUAAACCACAAAAUUCCUCCCCUUCAAAACCAAAUCAUGUUUAAUAGUUUAAAAUAUUUUGGGUUGAAAGACAUUAGCAAGAAUCAAACAACUAAAACUCACGUCGACAAUGAUGAUAAAGUAUCGAAUGCUACAAGUAUCGAAUGCGACAAUGAUGAUAUUUUGGAUUUAAAUCUAGAGCUCUCACUAUGAAUCACAUUGUAUUCACAAUUUUCAGCUUGAAUGUUGGAUUGAUUCUUACAAUAGGCAUAUAUGCAAUAUUGGAACCUACACAAUAUUAUGCAUAACUGAAGAGAAAAAUGCGUAUAUUUGAUGGACCAGUUAAACUUCUUAAUGUAUAUUUUCUCUUUCAUAAAUGAAAUCUUCCAUUAAUUUAAUCUUGAUUUGUUAUAA